AUGUUGCGACCGUAUAGAGAGCCCAGAGAAAAUUCUCGGGGAAGGAGAGUAGAAUUAAGACAAAAUUUUGAAUCUCGGGGAAGAGAGGUAAUGAGUUGUUAUAAUUGCGGUAAACCAGGUCAUAUGCUCAGAGAUUGCCGGGAGGCGAAAUGUUUUGGUUGUGGAAAAUUAGGGCAUAUAGCCCCUUAUUGUCCGGGUAAACAGGAGAUAUUAAGAUGUGCUGGUUGUGGUAGGUUUGGGCAUAAUAAGGAGGAAUGUAAUGCGAACAAUUACAAUAACAAAGGAGGUUUCCCACAGAGAGGGAUGAGUCCAAAGGCUUUAAAUGUGAAGACUAUUGAGCGGGAGAGAGGGGAAGAGGGGCGAACAAAUAAUAUUGGAGAGUUAGAAGGGAAAAAUAUGGAAUGUUUUAGAUACCGAAAGUUUGGGCAUGUGGCGAGGGAUUGUGAGAAUUUGUGA